AUGUUUAUACGGGGAAAGGAGAAAGAUGACUACAUCACUGGAGCUUCGGCGGCACCAGAAACCACAGCAUCAACCUACAAAAAGUGGAUAGCAGAAAAUAAUAUGGUCAUGUCCUGGCUAGUCAACUCUAUGACCGCUGACAUUGGUGAAAAUUUUCUGUCAUUUGAUACUGCCAAAGAAAUCUGGGACACUGCAAAAGAAACUUUCUCAGACAAGGAAAACACAUCUGAAAUCAUCCAGAUUGAAGGCAUCCUCCACGAUUUGCGUCAAGGAAACCUUACGGUAACUGAAUAUUUCAAUACUCUUACUCGUCUAUGGCGUCAACUUGAUACGUUUGAGGUUCAUAACUGGAAUUGUGUUACAGAUGGUUUUUUGUAUAAAAAGAUUGUCGAAGGGAAACGUGUGUUUAAAUUUUUGUUAGGUUUGAACAAAAAUCUUGAUGAAAUCAGAGGAAGAAUCAUGGGAGUAAAACCCCUACCUAGCCUCAGAGAGGCAUUCUCUGAAGUCCGUCGCGAAGAAAGUCGGAAAAAUCUCAUGAUGGGAUCCCAUCAACAACUGAAUAUGGCAGAAAGCUCGACUCUUAAGACUCAAUUCGCUCCUUUUGACAAUCGUAAAAAAAUUAAAGGAGGUAGACCUUGGUGUGAUCAUUACAGAAAGUCGGGACACUCAAGAGAAACUUGUUGGAAGAUUCAUGGAAAGCCAGUAGAUUGGAAGCCACGUCAACCACUUGAGAAAGAAGGACGAGGUAAUCAUGUGGCUACCGAUGAACAAUCGCCACAAACUGAAGCUAGCCCUUUUAAUAAGGAGCAAAUGGAGAUGCUUCAGAAACUACUGUCUCCUCUUUUGUCAAUACAGUCACAAACUAGCUCAUCUUCCAACUAG